AUGCACAUCGUCAUGGGAGCCAUGAACACCCUCCUCCCCAAGCUCGCAGAGUUGGUGGUGGGCGAGUACAAGCCGCAGAAGGGUGUCAAGGGAGAGAUCCAGGAACUCCAGGAGGAACUGACAAGCAUGACCGCAGCCCUCCGCAAGGUGGCUGAGGUGCCACCGGACCAGUUUGAUGAGCAGGUCAAGAUUUGGGCCAGCGAUGUGAGGGAGCUUUCCUAUGACAUCGAAGAUGAAGUCGAUACCUUCCGGUUACGCUGCAAGGAGCACGAACAUACUGAACCAUUCAGCCUCAAGGGGCUCAUUGGUAAGGCCACCGAUCUGUACAAGAAGGCCAAGACUAACCAUCAAAUUCAUAAUGUUAUCAAAGACAUCAUGGACCAGGUCAAUAAGGUCGCUGAGCGUCGUGAUAGGUACAAUAUUGACAACAUUGCUGCAAGGCCAACUAUGGUGACUGUUGAUCCUCGCUUAGAAGGUAUGUACAGAAAGGCGACAGAGUUGGUUGGCAUUGGCAAACCAAAGAAGGAGCUAGCUAAGCGACUCUUGGAACAGGAGUGCUUAUCACCAUCGAGGCAGCAAUCGAACAUAAUUUCUAUUGUUGGAUUUGGAGGAUUGGGGAAGACAACUCUUGCCAAUUUAUUGCUUCAAGAUUUUAAAGAAAAUUUUGAUUGCCAUAUUUUUGUUUCAGUUUCUCUUAAUCCUGAUAUAAUGAGGAUUUUCAAGAACAUCCUCCUUCAACUAGACUAUAAAAAGUGUCUCCUCAUAGAUGAACCAUGGGAAAUGAAGCAGCACAUCGACAAAAUCAUAGAACUCCUCAGGGAUAAAAGCUUAUGGUAUACAAUAUAA